CGCCGCCCAAAUUUUCGUUUUUGCCGUUUGCCACAACAACCACAACAACAGCCACUGCUGUGCCGCUGUGCUUCCCUCCACCUCUUGUCCUUGCUCGCUCUGCUGCUUCGACCACCACGAGACACAGCCUCGUUGUCAUCGACAGCUUCACAAGACAAUCCACCAUGUUGGAGAAACUGAACAUCACCGUUGUGUUCUUCACAACAGCAACACUGGCAGCGUUUCUGCUGGCAAACAACGUGACCGUGAAGGUGCCCAAGGACAGCAUUGUCGUUGGGUACGAAGGCCUCAUGGACUCGCUCUUCAGAAGCACGUGGGCCAUGGGUGCGGUAACAGCGACCAUGGGGUUCCUCAGCAUGCAGCCGUGGGACCGCAAGGCGUUCCGUCAAAUGCGUGACCAGAUGUACCUCCUCUUCUUCGUGCCCCUUGCCACCGUCUAUCUUGGCCUCAUCCUCUCCAACAACCUUAGCGUUGAGGUGGCCGAGACAAAGGACCUUGCUCCCGUGCAGCAAAUUGGUGCCUUCCUUGUCCCACACAAGAUGGGCAUCCUCAUCUCCGCGGUGGUGACGGGGUUCUUCUCCCUCGAGGGAAACCGCUGCUUCCAGGACGACUUUUCAAACAUUGCCAUUGUCUCCGCUCUCGUGGCCGCCCUUCUUCGCUACCUCUGCUCCUUCUCAACCUCUGUCGUCGCUAUUGCGUCCAUUGCCUAUCUCUUCUGGACAGUGAGCACCUGGUUCAUCAUCCAGCACCUCCGCUCCACGACGGCUGCACAGACGACAGGAGAGCAGGACGCGGCGGCGGCGGUGACGGUGAAGUCGAUGGGACUUGAGGACCUGCAGAGCGAUGAUGAGUCGACACCGGGCGGUGAGGAGGACGAGGGCGCCAUUGGUCCCGUCGCAUCCACGCCAAAGGCAAAGCAGGGCGGCGAGUCGCUUGUGAGCGACGCGGAGGAUGAGGACGACUUGAAGACAAUUCAAUUGCCCAAAUCGAGCGUGACAAACAUUGAGGAGGAGGACGUGUCCGCAAGCCAGCAGCAGCCCGUGAACGUGUUCAAGUCCCUGAAGAAGCGUGACAUUGCUCUUCCCCGCCGCCGCCGCAGCCGCGCGCCCAAGGUUGCAUCACCAAAGGCGGGCAUGGAACGCGGUGCCGACAGCGAUGACAGCGGCGAUGCUGGCGCUGAGCAGCAGGACAGCGGACACGCGCGUGAGGAUGAUGACGAGAUUGUGGACGAGAUGGUGACGGAGGAGGAGGAAGAGGAGGAGGGCGCUGGUGAGGGGAAGAGUAGUGGAGAGAAGUCUUACUUUGUUCGCUCCCCAAUUGACGAGGAGAAGAUCCCCAAGGGCUUGCGGUUUGAGGCGCCUGGCCCCAAGUCGCCCGGCUCCGCGCUUGCGUCACGCCGCCUUCGCAGCCGGCGGUCUGUCAACUACAAGUACUGAUGCCACAUUCUCUUCCCAGUCGUCUUGUCUUUCAUAUCAGAUCACCUUGUUCCAUUUCGUUGGUUUUUUUUUUUUUUUUUGUAAUGUGAUGUGUGUGUGUGUGUUGAGGGGUGUGGAUUGCUUGCCCAUGACACUCCACUCCGUCUCUCUCGUGCUGUUGUUUCUCAUGAUGUCGCGUGCCUGUUGUUGUGUUGGUUGGAUGUAUGACCACCACAACACGCAAAGCGCCCUCGAUUGGUGUGCCUUCGCCUUGUUUGUCAGUCUCUUGUCAUUCUCGCUCUCUUGUUUCUUCCCGCUCGCCCAGAGAGAACAACAGCUUGUUCCACCUUUGUUAUCAUGUCUCACUUUCGAUUGCGUGUACAUGAUGAAUGACUGGUUGUAUGCAUUGUCGUGUUGUUGUGUUCAGAAUGGCUGCCUGUCGUUUGCCGCUGUAGUGAAACAUUGCCGUCAUACCCACCUCCACUCAAACACACGCA